UGGGAAAUCGAGACCGACGCAUCACCAUACUCCUUUGUACCAAACAUCUGAUGUGCACCUGAAGGCAUCACAUGACUAGGGAGUGGUCGAUUUCUCAGCAGACCGACAUGAGUCAUAUUUCCGUGAAGACGGCCACGGACUCAACCGUUUGCUCUUCAACUCCGGUAACCAGCCGACUCCUGUUUCAGGUGACCAGAAGGCAAGAAUGGCUGCUGCUUCAGUGAGCUACCAGUAAGAACCUGUUUUCUUGAGUUUUGUUAAGGGUACUUUAAGUUGGCAAUUAGGAAAGGCAGGUGUAGUAAGUGAUACUUAACAUUUGAAUAGCACAUGUUGACGAAUCCUAUUGAAUAAAGUGAAAUAUGAGAAGUUUCAGACGGAGUGUGAAGGUGGAUAUAAGAAGAGGUUCAUGCCAAACACUAGCACUUGGACAACGUUGAGAUUUCUGGUCUGGAAAUGUAUGCAAAUUAUUAUAAUUAUUAUUAAUUUGCAUAUUUUAACAGACAAUUUCAGAAACCUUGUAGUACACCCAUUCCCCUUAACCCUUUAACUGCCAUGCUCUACAUUUUGGGAGAGCACAUUUUAAGUCGCUAUAUCUUAUCUAACAUGUAUUGACCUUAACUGAACCUCAUUGAGCCAUCUCUACAACUUAAUUGGUUGAGGUGUCUUUAAGAAGUAUACCUUCUCAGCUUGCCUCUUCACAGGAAGUUAGCAAGAAAUAGUAUCCAGACAUGUGGACACUAUUUGGUGAACAUUUCAAAGGUAAGUACAUUUAUUCCGAUUUCAAAGGAUUUGGGCGCCGAUGAAGGAAUGAUUAUACUUCAAUAAAUUGAGCUGUUUUUUUGAAAGAAGAAAAGGAUCGCCAAUCAGAGGUUUGACCGGAUCGCAUGAGAAACAUUGCGUCUCUACGGUCGACACUCAAACUCGACUACAUUGUUGAGUUUGAGUGUGACGACCCUCCAACUCUGCUGGCCGGAUUCCUGCUCGAAGACGGCUUCCUGGUGGGAGGAGCUGGGACGUUCACCUGGUCAUACCAGCCCAUCUGAUUGGAGCCUCCAAGAAGGCGUAAAAGACAGCACUUCUGGGAGUGUCUCUCAAGUCAGCCUUGAAGAGGAUCGUUGGCGAUAAUUCUCCACAAGAAGAAGCUGAUGACCUCCGUGUGUGGGUAGGUGCCACCGUCACUGCCUACUACACACGCUUUACCGGCGAGCCGUGAUAACAACGUUUAAACCUCCAGUGAAACUCUUCACUACAUUAUUGUGUGAACAUUAGAGACGAGAGUAACCGAGAUGAACAUGAGCUCCAGAAUCAGGAGGACAUUCUCACUGUGACAGAAAACAUGACAACAAAAAGAAAAACAGAACGUUCUGUUCAAACUACUCGAGCAGUUUGGCCACGCACCUGUUGACAGACUGAUGAAUGCAGCACUAUCCUUAAGGACAUUGUAAAACACUUUGAGACGUGCACCAGAUAUAGCAAACCAAAGCCGGGAGUGUGAUGUCUGCAUGCAACCGACCACUUCACACGCUUCAGUGCAACUCAGGGAGAUCGUGAAGCACUAUAUACAUUGCUGGAUACGUGUUCAUGGUCCUUCACGCAGACUGUUCAGGGACGAUGGGGGUGAAUUCAACAAUAAAGAUAGGAGAGACAAGCUUCAACAUUGAAGUGAAAACCACUGCAGCUUACAGCCCAUGGAUCAAUGGGCUUUAGGAAAGGUAUAUCAAACCCUCACUGAACUCCUGAUGAGAGGGUAGAGGAACAAUGGAUGUGACUGGAGGAUGGCCACUGGAAAAGCCACUGGAACAUAGAAAUACUGUUAAAACUUGGAGUCCAUUGACUACCGGUUCUGUUGUCCCAUCUGAGCAUGUCAAAUUAUGUGCUAGCCAUCCUGAAGAAGACCUACUUAUUGGGAAUGAUGACGCCUUCAUGUCUGCCAAACACAGUGAACUCUGCAACUGGAAAAAGAACGAUGUGUUUUGAAGAAGUAAAAGACGAAGGCCAGAAAUGCAUCUCUACGAGGUGGGUGUGCUCACUCAAGGAGACACCUGAUGGUGUUGUACCUAAAGCUAGAUUAGUUGGAAGAGGCUUUGAAGAAAUGAACACUGCGGAGCUCCCAAAAGACUCCCUGCAUGUGCCUUGGAGUCUCAAAAAAAAGAUUAUGGCAGUGAUAUUUCCAAAGAAAUGUCCGCUAACCUCUCUGGACAUGAAAGCAGCCUUUUUACCAGUCAAAGAGUUAACUUGAAGCCUUGCUUGUCAUGUGGUUGAUGUCAUCUGGGGUGGUCCAGAAACAUUCUCCACAACGUCAUCCCUCAGACUUGAAGUGCACAACAGCUUCAGCUACAUUGAAAUGUAUUCACAAGAAGAAUCUACAACCCAUUCCUGUGGACCCCGACAGAGCCUCUAACAGACACUGAAGCUGACAUGUUAACGUCGAAGAUUGGCCAAAUAUUGUGUAGCAAGGCAAUGAAGACAUUCAACAUAACGUGCGACAUAUCCAUCCCAGCAUCAAGUAAGAAGCAUGCUGCUGUGCAGACUCUACACUGUGCAAACAAACGGGUCAGGAGACUGAACUCAGAAGAGGUGACCUUGAGGUUUCAGCUGGCUGAAUGAAGCCAGUGGAGUUCAGUGAUUCCUCGACGGGAAACCUUCCAGACGGAGGAACUCGAGGUGGACACCUGGUCCUGCUUAUGGGAGAGAGUGCACGAUUUCCACCUGUAUGUUGGCAGUCAAAGAGGUUCUGUGCUCCGAGUUAACCAAGUCAACGAGCAGCACCCAAAGUCGGCCGACCAUCGUCCUGCUCUCCUGCAACUCAGAAGAAACGCUGCCCCCGAAGACCCUCAGAGCCACAACCAGAUGUGCAUUCUGAACAACUGUGGACUCGGAUGAGGUCUGCAGCUAUGCUUAAUUUCCUGCACAGCAAAGAACUUGAAGGUUCAGAUCACCUGACAACGAUGUCAAAGCUCGUGUCCACAUAUAAACAAAAAACUAUGGCCUUAAAGAAUCCAGCUCGUGCCACGUGGACGAUUGGAGACCUCCAUGACACCAUUUACAGUGACGAGGACAACGUGGUGGAUGGGUGGAACAAAUUCUACCUUCCAGAAAUAGUCAACAUGCAGGUUCUGGGUGUGGUGAAGGGGACUUCGUGUCCGUGUGACCAGCUGGUUCUGAUGACCUGCGAGGACACAAUGGUGUACGGCUACGAUGGAGAGGAGCUGCAUCUGGUGGCUUCAAGCAUAAAUCAGCUGAGUGACAAGGGGCUAAAGUAUCCAGCAGCCGAGUCCUAUGACAAAGGGAAGCCCUUCCAAAAAAUGAGCAACAAGGACUGGGAUACAGUGAAGAAGGGUCCCGUGGGGCAACAUUUGAACCAAAAGCAUCACAAACUGGUGAUAGGACAAAAGUCCAGAUUCUUGGAGAAUCUCAGAUCCAUCAGACGCAACACAGGUCCCGCCCACUCGGAAGGAACGCACUGACGAUUUUUGUUUUGGCUGGUGUUUAAUAUUGAUUGGUCACUUAUUGAUAAGGUGAUCACAUGUAUCUGAUUUAAUAUGAUGUAUCUAUUACUAAUGGCAUUACAUUCAUGCUUUUAUUAUCAUUAUUAGUAGACUGUAUCUACUGCUGCUGUUAUAAGUAGUCAUCAUUUUUCUGAUUAUAUAUAUUUUUGACUAUAAAAAUAAAUUAGA